ACGACUCAAAUUCGGCCAACAAAUUGGCGCUUUGUUUGUGUGGAUCGGAGCAUACAAAAACAGCAUAAUAAACGACAACAUGAAACUCGGGCGAAAGGACGAAGCGGUAAAUGCCCCGGGCGAUGGUUCUGACGAGGAAGAUGAUGAUAUUCAUGAAACUUCCAGCAUGGGAAGCACCUGCACUGACAACACUUCUAAUGGAAGCGAAAGCCAGAUUAAUCGCAAGAAACGGAAACGUUCGAAGAAAAAGGUGACGAAGGUGGUAAAACCAAUCUUCAAAUUUAGUGGCUACGUUAAGGAAGACCAUGGACAAUCGCUUUUCGGUUGUCUUUUCAACUACAAUCUCAAAAACGGAGAACUGCCUACGUUUGCGACCGUCGGAAGCAAUCGUGUGACGAUUUAUCAGUGCCAAGCUGAUGGAGAAAUAACGCUGAAACAGUGCUACGCGGAUCCUGAUACGGAGGAAGUAUUCUAUACCUGUGCCUGGUCUCAUGAUGUGGAAACCGGCAAUCCGUUGCUUGCUGCCGGAGGCCUCCGGGGCGUGCUACGCGUGUUUAAUACGGCAUCGCUGGAAGGACACAAAUAUUACAUCGGACACGGGCAUGCCAUCAACGAGGUAAAGUUCCAUCCCAAGGAACCGUACCUCCUGAUGUCCGCCAGCAAGGACCACUCAUUGCGACUGUGGAACACAAAGACAGACAUUUGCAUUGCGGUGUUUGGUGGCGUCGAGGGACAUCGGGAUGAGGUGCUCAGCUUCGAUUUCGACAUCCCCGGAACGAGGAUCAUGUCCUGCGGCAUGGAUCAUUCGCUAAAGAUGUGGCGUCUCGAUACGGAAACGAUGAAGAAAGCUAUCCAAAACAGUUACACCUUCAACGAAGCAAAGAACCUUUCCCGUUUCCCAUCGGUAAACGAACAUUUUCCCGUAUUUUCCACGCGCGACAUACACCGGAACUAUGUCGAUUGUGUGAGAUGGAUGGGUGACUUUGUGCUUUCCAAGUCGUGCCAGAACACAAUCGUCUGCUGGAAACCGGGCCGGCUAGAAGACGUGGAGGUGAAAAACAAUGAAACGAUCACCACCGUUAUUACUACGCUGGAGUACAGUGAGUGUAUUAUUUGGUUCGUACGCUUUUCGCUCGACUACUGGCAGAAGUAUCUGGCGCUGGGGAAUCAAACGGGGCGAACCUACAUUUGGGAGCUGGAUACGGACGAUCCGGUGCAUCCGCGCUGUAGCACACUGUUUCAUCCGAAGUGUACUACACCGAUCCGGCAAACGGCCUUUUCCCGCUCGGGCAACAUUUUAAUUUGCGUCUGCGACGAUGGUACCGUGUGGCGUUGGGAUAAGAUAAAUAGUAACUAGCGCUUUCGUUCAUGGUACGGUGUUUCGCUGGUAAGAACAAACGAUUGUGCACAUGAAUCAAAAA